UCAUACUCCAUCGCGUAUCUAGAAGAUUUUUGUACAAAAAGGAAUCACCGCGCAUUCUCUUUCUUUCUUUCUUUCUUUUCUCUUUUGUAUAUCUUGACUAUGCGUUCUGCCUUCCUCUUAUUGUUAAGUGCUGUAGCUUCUACUAUGGCCUUGAAAGAACCUCCUACUCAAUUACAAGUUGGUAUCAAAAAGCGUAUUCCUGCUGAAGAAUGCAAAAUAAAAUCAAAUAAUGGUGAUGAGUUAUCUAUGCAUUAUACGGGUACACUUUUUGAUACUGGAGACAAGUUUGAUAGUAGUUUGGAUCGUAAUCAACCUUUCGUCUUUACACUUGGUCAAGGUCAAGUAAUCAAAGGUUGGGAUCAAGGUUUAUUAAAUAUGUGUAUUGGUGAAAAGCGUAAGCUUGUGAUUCCUCCUAGCUUCGGUUAUGGUGACCGUGGUGCUGGUAAUGUUAUUCCCGGUGGAGCCACACUUGUAUUUGAAGUCGAACUGUUGGACAUUAAAAAAGGGAAACAAUUUAACAAAGAUGCAUUCAUGCAUGCUGAUUCCAACAAAUCUGACCAACUUGUCAAUUUUACAUCCCCUAGCUUCAUUCUUUCUACUGCUCUCAUUGUUGGCUUGUUCUUGGCUGUCUUUAAACUUGCCAAGAAACAAGAUAUUGAUGAAGCUAAAAAAGCUGCUGCUAAAGAAGAAACAACAAAAGAGAAAUAAUAAUAAAAAGA